CACAAGCCCCAGACCCAUUCACGUGGCCACGACCCAAUCGCCGUGGUUGGCCUGAUGCCAAGGCGUGGUCCUGGCUCUGGCCCUGUCGCCUUCCUCCAGCCAUCUGCCACUUCUCCUCGCUCUCCUCCUGCUCACAUUCAGAAUGGCGCCCCAGCGACCCGUCAGCCAGGAAUGCCCCAACUCCUUGGUGGCCGAUAUGCUUCCAGUUAGCUCCCCAUCUGCGUCCCUUUCCAAUUUCGACUUUCUCCCAUGUCAUGGUUUGCAACGACGCCUUCCUCGCUACCCUCGACCUGGCAACCCUCACCAAACUUCCUCAGCUCGCUCGUCAGUACAGAGGCGUCUUGUCUCUCGUUUCGAACAGGGCGUGGAUGCACCAGCUCUAUCGCAAACUCAAAAUCACAGCAGCCAUAUUCACCGGAGUUGACGUGUCCAUCGAUCGCAGACAGGUCCUCGAGGGCAUGUGUUCCUUCUGCAGUCGCAAGGAUGGCUGCCCUCGCAGCUUUGAAGCCUACCAGAAAGAGAUGCCACUCUGGUGGGCAAUCUGUCGCUGUCCCUCUCUCGAAGCCAAUACCAGGCGUCUGCUGUCGGCCGGGCUGAUCCAAGCCAACGUCGACUGUCACGCCUGCACAUCAAACUCUUCACAGGACAUGGUUCGAACACUCGACCCGCAGGAGCAGUUCCACAUCGUUGACAGUGCUCGAAUCAUCCAGCGUGGACACUGUCGAAGCUGCAGCGGAAUGCCUCACGGACGGUUUGGGUACUCGGUCAUCCGAUUUGAUCACCACCCCUUCCACACUGCCGAGCAGUGGUCUCAACUGCUCCCUCACGAACUCGACACUAUCCAAAAUCGGCCCCUUCGGACCCUUCGUCUUGUGAACUGCAGUUUCUCGUCUGUCUCUGGCUGGCCGGUCGCUUUCCCUUUUCUCUCUGAUCUGCAGCUCAAUGGCAAGCUUCCAGAAGGCGAGAUUGACAGCCUGGAGGGAAUGCCCCAAAUGCCCCAGCUGGAAAAGUUGAUGCUGCCCCUAUUUCUCAAAAGUCUCGAAUGCAUCCCUCAGAGCCUCUGUCGUUUGCAGUCGCUUGAUUUGGGCCAUCACGCCCAAAUUGCUUCACUGGUGGGACUGCCCCUCCUUCCAAGUUUGAAAAUACUCGUCCUUCCCCCAUCUAUUCUCUCAUUGCAAGGAUUGCCAGCGCAAUUGGAUCGCCUCGUGGAAAUGAAUAUGUGGGGCUGCAGUCGCUUGGAGUCGCUCCGGUGGCUGCCUGUCAUGCCCGAGCUCAAGCUACUCAAACUGCCCCAGUCAGGCCCUUCCCUGAAUGAUUUCGAUACUCAUUGCUCAGGCGCUCUGGUUUCAGCAUCGGUGACAGAGUUGUGGAUUCCGUCGUCGUUCAGUGGUCUCCAAAUGCUCUCGGCCGCAUUCGCAACCAUCAGGACCCUUCAUGUGUCCAUCAGUGGGCCAGGGGAUACGUUUGUCCAAUUUCUUCCGAUGCCACACCUGGAGCAGCUUUUGAUACAUGGGCACAGUCCAUGCCAAUUCGUUGGACUGCCCGAAUCGGUCAAGAUCUUCAACCUCUAGAUGCCCAUGCUCAUGUCCUGGUUGUGGAGGCUGGGUCUCUCAAAGCUCAUUGGUCAAACUCCCUGAGCGAUGUGUAGUGCUCCUGGAGACAAUCUGUGCAGGCUACGGAGCAGCGAGCAGCAUC